GUGCUGCGCUACUGGGCCAUAGGCUAUGAUGCUAUUGCUUUGCCAAUGGGCAGAAGGACGUGGGAUUAACGUCACUGGCAAUCACACAAGAGUCUGUACCCCGUUGGGCAACAGUUUGUGCCCAGAUUCCAACACCUCCGGGUGGAAUUUUAGCACAGCCCCAGCACAUUUAUAUAACGCUGUAACAAGACGCUCUUCUCCUUGGAAGCUGUGUUGCAAGGCGGUACGGCACCAGCUGUGCACCGGUCAACAACGUCGACAUCCCGGUGAAAACACAAAUCUUGAAUUAAGAGGCACUCCUCCUGUUUUCAGGACUAGAGUCCUGUCACGCAUGCGGGAGUUAAUUCCUCUAUGUCAAGGGCCCGCAAGGCAUGUCUUUUAGCAUUAAACUCGUUUUAAAACACGCCUCACACAGCUGGUCUUGACGGGAUUUAACGAGCGGGGCAAAGCUUUGGUAACUGCCGCAUAACUAAAACACUUCUUGUUAAAACUUGAGUGGCGCAUAAGUCAUUCAAACGGAGUUCACAGACUCCUCCUCUUCUUCCUUAUAGCUAAGAGGCAUUAAAACAAAAAGGAAACAAGUACAGUGUGGGUUUGACUCCCGCCAGUCGGAUUGGAGUGAUUACAAAGUUAUCGGCUAUGCUUGGAAGACGUUAGUUCUAACACGCUUUUUUUUUUUGUCGAGAGACUCGCCCAAAAAACGUCGCGCAAUCCGGUAUUUGUGAUCGCCAACAAUGUCAAGUAUGAAAAGACAAAGUUCUUGGCAGGAAGACAUCGCUAAAAACUUUUCGAGGCUUUUUUCGAGAAGCAAGUCACAGGAACAAGGAAAGACAGGGACCGAGUCUGCGGAAAGCCUUCACAGUUCAGAUGAUAAAGAAAAUGAGAUCAACAGUCCAAACAGUGGGACCAAAGGAGAAGUGGCCUCCAAGAGUCUGUUCCUUGAUUUUUCAAAGGCUUUCCAAGGCUCGGAUGAAAAGGAGAAUCCGGCUGAGGAUGGAGCAGGGUCUCCCACGCGGACGCCGGCCGGUGACCCUCCUCCCUGCACGCCGGCUGAUGAACCACCGCCGCCGCCUCCCUUAGAUGCGUUCUUCAAGAAGCUGGGGAGCCUGUUUCACUUGCAUCCGAAGCCCGAGUCCCAGCCUCCCAGGGGCUCCGGCCAGCAGGGCGCCGCAGAGGCGGGGGAUGCGGUCCCCGAGCCGGCAGGAAUGACAUCGGAGGCAAGGCAGAGCGGGGCAGGCUGUGACCCUCGGGCUGGACUGCUGGGGCAGCCAGCCUGCCCGUGGCGGGAGGGGGAGGAGAGAGGGCAGCCCCAGCCACCAACUCGCGAAGCAGCAGCAGUUCCUCCUGCCGGACGCACGGGCUGUGACUCACGUGUGGAGCAGUGCUGGUCUGUGAAUAAAAACAUCAGGAAUGACCCAGAUGUGGAGUCUAACGAAAGCACUGAGGACAAACAAACCUCAGACCUAGACUCUGAUGAACAUCGUCGACUGGCGCUGUCCUGUCCCCCUUCUGUCACCUUUGGGACCUAUGAAGGCCUGAGGCCCACGAAGAAAAUGAAAGAAAAACAUCCUGACCUGGUGGAUUCGCCCGUCCCUGAAGGAAAGGAAGGAGAGAUGCUGUUGAGCGUCAGUGGAGACAGGAACAUCCCAUCGGCAGAAGGGGAGAGGGGCAGCAAGGAAGGCACCGUUGGGACUUGUUAUGAAGGGGUUGUUGCUUCUCCAACCCAGAGGUCCAGUUUGGGAUUAUGCAGCCAUGGGGAACCUGUGCCAUCGUGUGAUCAAAAAGCAACGCAGGGCACUGAAACGAACUCUGAUCUGCUUAGGUCUCCAGUGCCGGCAGGGCUGGGCGGCGAAUCUCCAGUGGUGAGUGGUUCCGUGUCGGUUCAUCGUAUAACACGGAGUGCCUUAGCAAGGGAAGAAGAGCCACGCCCGGGCGUCCCGGGAGGUUUAGCUCCGAGCUCCCUUCCUGGAGCUGUUGCAGGCUCCUCAGCAGCCGCGGAGGUGGAAUUACCAGGUGAGCAGCCAGUGGCAGAAGGGGCGCUGCGGCUAACCCUGAGCGAGACUCGGAGCGGUGCAGCAGAUACCUCAGCUGGGGCCGCGGUCACGAUGACUCCUCAAGGAACAAAAGAAGCAACUGAACGGGCAGAAACUCUAUCCCUGAUGCAGCCCUCAGCAAGGUCACGGUCAGGAGCUGGGGAUGCGCCGCCCUGUGUUGCUGACGGCGCCCAGGGAAUUGAACGCACAUGGCCGCACACUGCUGCCCUCAUUGAGCCUGCUGCCUCUUCCUCUUACCAGAAAACUCUGAUGGCGGAUGGCUUUCAGGAUCAUAUUUCAGACCUGGGAUGGCAGGAAGCAGAGGGUAAAGACAGCCCUUUGCUACCUAAGAAAAGAGCUGAGGCGUUGAGGCCUGUCGGCACUGACAUACAGCAACACUGUGAUUUAAGGCGAAGCGAAAGCGAGGAGGUCCUGGGUGAGGGGACAGGUCUCCAGGAAGCCGAAUUUGACAGAGAUGCCUUGGAGCGCGAGUCGAAGCGAAUGGUUGAUAUUAUUCUCAGAAAUGCUUUAGCGGCCCUUCAUGAAAUAGAGGCCCGUGAGCGAGAGGGCGAGUGGUUUUCAAGUGUAAGUGAGAUCAGAGGAGCAGUCCUGCCAGCCGGACAUGGUGAUGGCGCUGAAGGGCAUCGACAUGCGGUGGAUCUUCACGAAAGGAGUCUGAUAGGUCUGGGGGAUGAACGUGGUCCUUCACCUGUGUCAGCUGAGCAGACACUUAUCUCGCCCAUAGCCCACGCUGACGGGGACAUUGCUUCGCCUUCAUGUUCUGAAUCCUUUGUUGGUUCAGGAAUGGACAUGAGAAUUAAUCCAGAGUUUGUUUGUGAUCACAGUCUUACAGACAUUCCUGCUGAAAUUUUAAACCAGAGUCAGAUGGGCACAUCGUUAGAAAAAACAAGUAAGCCACUCAUUUCCUAUCCAGCUGAGAGACAUGAGUAUAAUGAAGGUAUUGCGAUGGACUUACCACUUAACAAUAACGUCAAACCUAUCAGGCCAAGUGUGGGAACCGGUGAACCUUGCAGUGGUAAAACCGCCGAUAGUGUUCUGACUCAAAAAGGCAGGCUAAUUGAAUCACAUGAACUCUUGUUACAAAACCGAAGUCCUGUAAGAGAACAUGACGAUGUUACUCCAAGACAGUGUAAUGUAAUGACCAACCAGACUGAGUUACCCUCAGUAAAAAUUAAUAAAGAUAAAGUACAAGUACCCCAAGCAGAACGAGACCGUGAUUAUGAUGCGGUUAUAUCAACUAAAGCUACUGAAUUAAUCAAUGAAGUAAUGUGUUUAGCCAAAGCCACAAUUGUAAGUGAUAAACAUCAUGGUUUAUCCAACUCCUGUAAUGGCGAAAAAGUGACUAUGUCUCAACUCGACACUGGUGAUUUAAACCGGACAAUCGAUGUGAAAAACACUGUUCAGCUUAAACAAGAACAAAAAACAACUAUGUCCACUGCCCAUUCAAGGGAUAGGCCUGCAGGCAAAACACUGGUUAAUGAAACCCAGUUGGCACGCUCUGUCCAUCCCAACCUGGCUUUAACAGACAAAACUUUUAAAGCUGCAGAACCUGUCACUCCAUUAGACAAAGCAGAACUUUCACAAAGUUCCAAGGAAAAAGUAACCAGAAACGGGGCCCCAGACAAUGAGCUUACAGUGCAUUCCGCUGCCGAGAUCGAUUUCUAUGGUAAUGGCUCUGAAAUGAAACCGAAUGGCCUUAAUAAUACCUGUCAGGUAGAACAAAAGAGACUACAGGGGCAACAAGCAGAGGGCUAUGCAGAUGGGGCAGGUGAUCAGAGAUUCUUGUUAGUUCAGAGUUAUUUAGCUGCUGUAAUAGAGGAUCAGUCGGACUGUGAUGGUAGCGAUGAUGAUGGAAAACACCAGGAGACUCGGCCGCUGCGUGUGGAUGCUUCACGUGAAGGGGAAAGACCCACAUGUUCAGACAGGCAGAAGAGCCAUGCAAGCAGUGGAAUAAACCCAGCCCUCUGCGCUGGUAACGAAGAGAGGCGGGCGUGCAACGCCGUGGGUGCACAACAUUCUGAUCUGCCACCGGUGCAGUGUGCGGGCUCCAUUUCUCUCAGACAGGGUGAUGACAUAAAACCUGCAGGUCUGAGCCCACUGGAUAAGAAGGGACAUCUGGAUGGACUCCUCAGUGUGGGUAUAGAUUUGCCACUGCCUCCCCUCCUCCACAGGCCUAAGGAAUUGGACUGCCGUGAAGGAGCCUUCGACGUUAUAAACGAGGAGGAGGAGGUGGGAGACGCGGUGUUUGUGAAUGGCUCAGGACCGGCGCUCAGCCCCACGUUAAGGAAAUACAAAGUGUACCCCUUUUCCCUGUCCCCCAUAUACGAGGAGGAGAGUUUUCGGGAGGAUGCGAGCAUGGAGGACCUGCCAGACCAGCCGCUGACCGAGGAGGACGCGGGGAGCGUGGAGCAGCACGCCUCUUCCAUCCUGUCGCUGCUGCAGUCCGUCAGCGAGCGCCUGCAGCUCGGCGCCUUCCGCGACUCCGGGGAAGAACCUCCCGAGGAGCCAUCGGCCCCUCUGGAGCGUCGCUUGUGGGAUUCCCAUCCGGAGGGAGAGUCGGAGCCCUGCCAGGGAAUAGGCGAAGAACAAAGUAUUCCGACAAGACGGCCGUACGAGAUGGAACUUCCGUGCUCAGGGAGAGACAUGGACAAAGCCGAUUCCUGUGGUUUAUUGGGACGGUCGGCGACGGAGUUCCUCAGUCAACCUUCUAAGGAAGAGCCAGAAAAUCCUGCAGCGUCAUCUGGUUCUUCAGCUGCCGCAUGUACUCCAAUCUACCAGUAUAUGAUGGCAGCGAGGUCCUUGCCGUCAAAGCCUCGCAGUCAGAGUAUCCAGCCUCGUAGCACGCUUUCCUGCUUCAAAGGAAGUGGAGGUCCAUCACCUGCCGUGGCUGCAAAAACGGAGGCCCCGUUAAUGAAUGCGAUCGCCCUGAAAGUCAACCCGAGGCCUGGAAAGCUGGUCCUCUAUGAUGGUGUCAGGUUUACGGGGAGAAGGCACGAGAUCCAGGCUGACGUGGAAGACGCUACAGGGAUGGUCUUUGCUCGGGGAGUCUCCAUCAGGGUAGUGCGAGGAUGCUGGCUGCUGUAUGGGGAACAUGGCUACCAGGGGCCCUGUCUGGUACUGGAGGAGGGAGAGAUGGUAUUGAACCAUUUCAGUGGCUUCAGAGGAAUGGAAAAUAGCCCCUCAGUGGUCCAUAUUGGUUCCAUUAAACGGGCAGUGAAGGAUAACUGCAUUCCAGAAAUUGAGCUGCAUUGCCAGGAAGGAGCUCCAGUGUGCUUCCAAAAGGAAAUUGGCAGUCUUGAGAACCAUGGCAGAGGGAUUGGCCUUGCAUCUCUCGCUGUCAAGUCAGGAUGUUGGCUUGCCUAUGAUAGCAUCAACUUUGAGGGUAAUUACACCCUGCUGGGAACAGAAGGCUCUCAAGUACAAGAUUCCAGCAGAACCCGAGUCACUUGUGUGAAAUCACUUCGUCCUCUGCAAAUGGGGGGACUCAAAGUACAGAACCCUAUGGAUCCUAAGAUGGUUCUGUAUGAGCAGGCCGCCUUCCGUGGGCGAUCCAGGGAGCUCACUGAUCAUAUUCCCAGUGUGGCGGCACUAAGAGAUCUGCAGGAAGUGGGGUCACUGCGGGUCACUGGUGGAGUGUGGGUGGCCUAUUCGAGGGAGAACUACAAAGGAAGUCAGUAUUUGCUUGAAGAGGGUGACUAUGCCAACUGGCACGCAUGGGGUGGAUUGGAUAGCACCCUGCUGUCGUUUCGUUAUAUCCUGGCUGACUUCAUGGGGCCUUCGGUCUCAUUGCUGGAAGGACCACAUUCGCCACACGCCAAGGAGACUGAUAUCUCUGACCUUGACGUGCCUGAUCUGAGGAGUCUGGGCCUGGCGGGGGGAGCAGAUUCUAUCCACGUGAAGAGUGGAGUAUGGGUGGCGUACAAUCAGCGGUGCUUCUGUGGAGAGCAGUAUGUCCUGGAAAAGGGAAUAUAUAAGAAUCUGCUUGACUGGGGCGGCUCAGACAACACAGUAAUGUCCAUCCGGCCUGUCCGUCUGGAGCCCCUAGGCAGUGGAGAAUCCCAUUCCUUGCUCCGAGCCUACAGGGCGCCUCAUUACCGCGGCAACAGCGUGGAGUUUGAGUCGGAGGUGCUGGACUGCUCUUCCUUUGUUCCAAAAUCGUUCCGCGUGAUCCGGGGAUGCUGGCUGCUUUUUGAUGAAGAGGGCUUUGCUGGGAACCAGUUUGUGCUGGAAGAAGGUCUUUACCCUGAUCUCACUUCCUGCGGGUGUGUGGCUAACUCCAUUAAAUCUCUGAAGCCCAUUCAGUAUACUUUUACAGUAGCCUCCAUAAGUCUCUUUUCUCGGGAUUCAUUUGAAGGCCAAGAGAUGGUUCUGGAGAAAUCUGUGUCCAGCAUGAACAACUUCUUCACUCAGUCUGUCAGAGUCAACAGUGGACUGUGGAUUGUGUAUGAACAUGCUAGCUUUAAGGGACGACAGAUGUUGUUGAACUACGGAGACUUUGACUUCUGGAGUGACUAUAGUGGCUGGAACACCAUUGGCUCACUACAACCCCUAAAGCAGCCUAAGCUUUACAUUCGGGUGAAGAACCGUUCCCUGGGUACCCUGCUGACCGGCCCUGCUCUGGUGGAAGACUCCAGUCCGAGCAAGGUUUCCCUCAGCCCUGCCACUGGGACAGACAGUCAGGUGUGGAGCUUCAGACAGGGGCUGCUCAAGAGCAAGGCGUGCAAGGUGUGCCUGGCAGUGAUUGGAGGGAAAGAUACAGCUGGAGGUCGCGUGGCCCUGUGGCCGGAGCAUGGCCGAGCUCAUCAGAGGUGGCGGAUCAACAAGAACGGGACGAUAUCCUCCCACCUCAAGCCGAGUCUGGUGCUGGACCUCAAAGGUGGGAAGGGCUACGAUAAGGAUCACCUGGUUGUCAAUGAGUUUACAGCUGAUCACCCUACGCAGUACUGGGACAUCGAAGUAGUGUAGAGGAAGCUGGAGAGAAUGCCUCAGGGGUCCAGAGCAAAGGAUAAGAGGAAAUGGACUUGUGCUUUUAAGAGGGUGAUGUUGCCUGAUCAGGACUCUGACUCGCAGCUCACUCUUUGCCCCGAAGAGGGUUAACUACACUUUCAUCUGGCACACAAGUAACAAGCUAGACACUCAAUGCGAGGGCUGUCUGUCUGUCUGUUAAUGUACUGGGAGCUUCAAACAUCCCAUUACAUAACAUUUCUAUUUAAUCUCAGGUUGCCAACAGUGAUAAAGCACUGGCCUGCUCAUUCAACUGGAUGAAAUGGAAAAAAAAAUAUAUUUAAUAUGAAUACAGUAGGGCAAAGACAGUAAAUAUUCAUGCCUUUGAAGCACUGAGCCAACAGAGAACUGGGAGCAAAUAUAAUAAAUGAUUUAGCUUUAGCAAUAAUUUAAAUCAUUACUUAAAAUGUAACGAUAGAACCUCAUUAGAGAUCAAGACAAAAAUGGCUUAAGGCCUGCCCUAUCCUCUCAUCGUAAAAGGGCAUAGUUUCUCAUGUAGAAGCACAUUCACUGACUUUGUGUUGUAUUUUUUUUUAUCUACUGGACACUUGUACAAGAAUUCAAAAUUACACACUGGGGUGAUUUAAUAUUUAGGUCUCUACUUCAGUACCAUUUCUUGCUUGAAUUCUUACCAUGUAAUACAAUCUUACCAUGACUCUUGCUUUUGUACCCAAUAAUACAGCAGGGAAUUUAAUCUAAUUUUACUUGGAUCCUUCCUAACUCCAUUACAAAUAUAAAGGCAAAUCUGCACUGCAAAAGGGUGCAUUUCCCCUCAAUGAGUUCCUGCUCUUUCAUACACAUAAAAAACUUUAGCAUCCAGUGCUUAACCUCAAAUGCUAGAAUUAGCAGGCAUCCCCAAACAUGGCUCUGGGGUAUUGAGUUAAAAACUGGUCGCAAUUUAUAGUUUUAUGAGUUACGUCAAUGAGAGGAGAGGAAAAAAAUGUUUCCUACAAGCUAUGUCAGACCCCAGAAUUAAAAGAAAACAACAACAGACCAUGUCAAACAACCAAAGCAACUUUUUUGCUUGCUAGGGGAAAAUUCAAAAACCUAAAGAGGGUCGGUUCACUGGAUUCAAAACUGUAUUAAAAAUUAAGUGUACUGCAUUCAGAAAUAGACAUGAAUAUUACAAAAUUGUGUAAUGUCUGUAUAUAAUUGAAAUGAUUACAUGUACAGUAAUACAAGCUGUUAAUAUGUAAUGUUCUUUAUAUAAUGUAGAGCUUCAUUUUUUAAGUAAGAGAAACCUUGUAUAAGCUCUCUUUAGAAUUGCCUAAAUCUUGCAACAAGCUGAAACCCAACCAGAGAAACGGUUGUUGUGACCACAGAUGUAUGUGCCUCAGAACUGUUAUUAGUACAAACCACCUUAACUGUAUAUCAGUGUUAUUAUGCUGUUGUGUGGAAAAUAGCCUUACAGGAUAUGUACAUAGAAUGCAAACAUGUAUUUGUUUUAAAUAUAUAUAUAUAUUUUAAUUGCAAAGUU